GCCUGUUCCUGCCAAGAUGGCGGCACAAACAGACCGCGGCGUGCCUCUCAGUACGCUUUCGCCAAAGUUUCUGCACACCAACUCCACCAGCCACACCUGGCCCUUCAGCGCUAUCGCUGAACUCAUAGACAAUGCCUAUGACCCAGAUGUUAGUGCCAAGCAGUUCUGGAUUGAUAAAACUGUGGUUAAAGGAGAGGUGUGCCUCAGCUUCAUGGAUAACGGAAACGGCCUCAACCAUAAAACUUUGCACAAAAUGCUUAGCUUUGGGUACAGCGACAAGACAGCAGUAAAUGGACUGGAGCCCAUUGGUAUCUAUGGUAACGGCUUCAAGUCCGGAUCCAUGCGUCUCGGGAAAGAUACGAUUGUCUUCUCCAAGUCAAAGAGGAUAUCAUGCAUUGGGAUGCUUUCGCAAACCUACCUGGAGAAGAUUGGAGCCAAGCAAAUAAUUAUUCCUAUUAUUUCCUUUGAAAAUAAGACAUCAAACAGAAUCUCCGUAAAAAAAGAACAAGAAGCAAGUCUGAGGGACAUCCUGCAAUACUCCCUUUUUAAGUCUCAUGAGGAACUUCUCGCUGAGAUCGAUGCCAUCACUUCAACCUUGUCCUCAGCUGAGACAGGCACCCGGAUCAUCGUCUGGAAUCUCCGCAGGACAUCUUCCGGAUCAACAGAGUUUGAUUUUGACAGGGAUCGCUAUGACAUCCGCAUUCCCUCAGAGGUUUACGAAGAAUUAAGCGAUCCAUCUCAGCCUUCGAACAGGAGUACAUCUUAUGUUCCUGAGAGUGUGUUUUCACUGCGGGCGUACUGUAGCAUUCUAUACCUGAAGCCACGCAUGCAGGUCAUGGUGCGGGGACAAAAGGUGAAGUCUCAGCUCAUCGCUAAGAGCCUGGCCUACAUCAGAAAGGACCACUACAGGCCCAUUUGUCUGGAAAAACGCAUACCUAUUAUUUUUGGGUAUAACACCAAAAGUAAAGACCAGUAUGGUAUCAUGAUGUAUCACAAGAACAGGCUCAUCAAAGCGUAUGAACGUGUGGGUUGCCAGCUUAAGGCCAACAAUAAAGGUGUUGGAGUCAUUGGGGUCAUCGAAUGUAACUUUCUGGAUCCCACCCACAACAAGCAGAGCUUCAACGAGACUGACAAGUACAGAAAAACCAUGAACAGUUUGGGGAUUAAACUGGAGGAGUACUGGAACGAGAUCCGUUACAGAAAGACCAAAGAAGACCCACUCAGCACCGUGCCAGUGGAAGAUACCAUGAAGCGACCGGAUCAGAACUGGGUGCAGUGCGAUGGCUGUUUGCAGUGGCGUAAACUCCCGGAUGGGAUCGACGUCACCAAGCUGCCGGAUAAGUGGUUCUGCUUGUUAAACCCCGAUCCACAGUUCAGGAGCUGCAAGGUAGAAGAAGAGCCUGAGGAUUCUGAUGAUGACCAGCCGUCAUACCGGAAGACCUACAAACAACAAGAGAGGGAGAACAAAAAGAAACAUGAACAGAAACUUGAACAGGAUGAAGAAGAGCAGUAUUUGGAUUUGGAAACCUUAGAUAAACAGACCAAAGCUUUUAAACGGCAGCACAAUAAUCUUACCCGGCAGCUUCACCAAGUGUCUGCUAAUUACCCGAUGAGUAACUUGGUACACAGAGGUGCAGACAGGGCUGAACCCACCCUGCGGAGGUCCUCAAACAUUUCACAAGUUGCCAGCAGCCCCCCGAGCAGCGACUCUCCUCUUGUGAUCACCAACGUUUGCUCGCUCUCAGCACCAUCAGCAACCCUGAGGGGGAAAAGAAGCCAGAUUGUCACUCCACAAAGCACACCAAAACGACCCAGAGUGAACGGUUUUCAGUCGGGCACCUCUGACUCCCCCAUAUCCGUCCACAUUGACAGCACUGACACCGAUGAUACCGAUGAUGACAUUGUCAUCCUGGAAACUUCAAGUACGCCCAAGCCCAAACAGCCCGCUGGUAUUUUAAGGAAAGUGAAGCAAGAGAAAGAUGAGAGUGACUUGACCUCCAAGGUGACGGCCGAAGCAGAAACGUCCGCUGCCGAAACCUGCCCACCUCCAGCAGUGGCCAGCGCCACCACCCAGACCACCGCUUUUGAAGUGAAGGAGGAACAGCAGAGUCAGGAUCAGACUGAAGGGAACGGCGGAACGGCUAGUAGGAAUGAUUCAAAUCCAGAUCUGCCCAUUGAAAGAGAAGUGAAGCAAGAACAGCAGAGUCCGAAUCAGACUGAAGGGAACGGCGAAACGGCUAGUAGGAACGGGUCAAAUCCAGAUCUGCCCAUUGCAAGAGAAAUUAAGCUGGAGCGCGGUGACAGGGUUGCGAACCAAGAAGGGAAAACCUUGAGCAACGGAGUGGCACAUAUGGAGAGUGAUGAAGGUGCUGGUCCUUCUUCUUCUGUUCAGCAGUAUCCCAAUAUCGAUGAAGUUCAGAAACAACAAGAUAAGCUCGUGGAGCUAAUGCAGGAAACGGCCCAGGAGAGAGAUGCCUUGAAAGAGCAGCUGAAACUUCUCACCUCUCAGCUGGAGGACAUGCAGAGCCGACUGCAGAAACAGUCUCAGGCCAAGGUAAAGGAGUCCUCACACCAAGCCUGCCAGACUGACACGCAGACGGACUACAAGGGCCUUUUUGAGAGGGCCAAACAGAAAAUCAAUGAUUUAAUAAGGGACAAAGAGGCUUUAUUGGCGGCUAAUGAGGGCAGGAGAAAUCCAAACUGUGGCCAAGAUGAGGAAAAUGACAUUGAGGAGAUUUCGCUUAAAAUCAGCCGUCUGGUCCAUGAACUAGAUGAGAGGAACAAGGAAAGGGAAGAGCUGCGCUUGCAGCUGGAUGUUCUGGAGGAGGAGAAGUCGACUUUGGCAGUCCAGUGUGAGGAGCUCAAGUUGAGAAUGGAACAGCAAAAAGAAAAUGCUCAAUCUUCAGCCAGGUCCCCCACCUCUGGCACAAACACAGACGCCUCCAGUUGCUUGAUCGAGCUCCGUCAGAACGUCGGCCGCCUCCUCGUCUCCCGGGUGCCGGCGCUGGACCUGGCGCAGGUGAAUUUCGAAUGCAACGUCAUCGACGAGAUCCUCGAGCAAGUUCUUGCAGGCUCAGACUUCGAAUUCCCAGGCUGAGAUGCUGCGCUCGGUUUGGAAAAUAAUCUCCACUGAAUUAAGGUCUUCCUGCUGACUCUCAGAUCUGGAAAAGGUCCAAGCCUGACCAGUUUCCAAAAUGGAUUGUAAACUUUUGGACUUAUGAAGAACAAUUUCAGGGAGUCAGGUUUAUUUAUUUAAAAACGUUCACAUUUUAUGAUUUUUGGUCUCUCUUUUUUUAAAGUGCAUCUCAGUUGCGGAGCUGUUUGAAAGAGAAUCAGUGUGAUGUUUGUUCCAAUGAAUUGUUCCUAAAUUAUGAGAGGUCGUCUUCUGUCCGUCCUCAAUUACUUUUUUUUUCUUUUCCUGUUUCAAGGUCUGGCUUGUGUAAAAUCUGGGCAUCCGUUGUUGUUACCAGCUUUAUACAAGUCCUUCCAGAUUCUCCUGCUUAGACUUGCAAAAGCAGGAAUCUUAACUCAUGCGAGGCUCAGGUUGCAGAUGUCAUAGGGAUUAGUGAGAGUUUUUACUUAAUUUUAUCAUCUUUUAAAUAAAUUAAUUAGGUUUUUUACAUUUUAAUCUGAUGAUUUGAGUUAUUUAAAGUAUUUUACCUCAUGUUUAGUUUUUCUUACUAAAUUUCACACUAAUUCCUUUUUGUUGUUUUCCAAACAUGUAUAUAGUGUUAAAUCUAUUUUUAUACACCCUAUGUUCUGUGUAAGUCAUUUGUACUCUAGUUUGGACAGAUAUUAUGUAGUUCCAGCAAUGAGCCUUGCGGUACAUUUCUGGAUAUUGCAAAUUGAACUAAAGCUUCACAUUUCUAUGGUGAGUUAUGUUCAGACUGCAGCCAAGAGCAAUGGCGGACUGAAACUGAAUGUCGUUUAUUGCAAGUAAAGAGAUUUUAGAAAUAUAAUUCCUUUUAACAUUUUUUUCUGGUGUGUUCAGGUGCAUUUCAGCAAACUAGAACAUUGUAAAGUUUCUUUAUUUUAGUAAUUCUAGCCUAAAAGGAAAACUCUUAGAGUCAUUGUAUGCCACUUAUUUUUUCUAGUUGCAAGAAAAACUAGAUCAAAUAUUGGAUCAUACACAUUCAUUUAAAUAAAAAAAAGAUUCUGUU